AUGAAUAAUGAUGAGGAGCUUCUCCUCAAGAAGCUGGACAGUCUGGUUACAAACAUUAAGUGGGGCCCAAAGGAAGUCAGUGACUUGUUCAAAGCUCUUCUGAAACGAUAUGAAAAAUCAACAAAUGACAAAUUAACAAAUCUAGUGUCAUGGAUGAUAAAAAUGUUGCAUUGCAUAGAGAUUCAUUAUAUUUCUCCAUGUUCGAAAUACAAUGGUAAAAAGACACUUCUGGAACUUGUCCAAGAUGAAAGUGUAACAGAUGAAACCAUAAAGAAGUUUUUGGCUGAAGACAAAGAGAAGACCCUGGAUGAAAUACUUGAUGAAAUCCGCCAAGAACAUUUGAACCAGGUUGAUGGACUUCUAGAAGACGUCAGAGACAUUGUAUCAACAUUUCAUAUAAAGGAUCGCAAUGAUGAUUCUGUGAGGAGGGAAUUGAAAAACACCUUGCAGGAGCUCUGUUGCGCAGUGGAAAAAACGUUUAAAUAUAAGCCACGACUGACACAGAUGGUGAGCUGGUGUCUCAUGGCUCUUUCAAAAACAGGGCGGUUAAUUCAGGUUGGGACUGGGGAGGGCAAGUCCUGUAUAGUGGCCAUGUUUGCUGCUUUCCGAGCUCUGAGAGGUGAAAAAGUAGACAUCAUGUCAAGUUCAUCAGUUCUUGCAGAAAGAGAUUUUGGGGAAUGGCAAAGAUUUUAUAAACUUCUGAAGAUCAGCGUAGACUGCAACACAAACAAAUUAAAUGAAGAAUUAAAAAAGUGCUAUGAGUGUAAAGUUGUUUAUGGCACUGCCGAACAGUUUGCUGGUGACUGGCUUAGACACCACUUUCACAGGGAGGACAUACUUGGGCAGAGAACAUUUCAGUGUGCAAUAGUGGAUGAAGUGGAUUCACUGAUGUUAGACAAGGGGCAUCAUAUGGUCUAUUUAAGCAGCGACAUGCCUGCUUUGCAGCAUCUCAACCCACUCCUGGCUUUCAUAUGGAACACUGUUAACCAGUACGGUAAGAUUGAUACAAAAACAGUUGUAGGGCCAAAACACCUGUGUUGUCAGGUUGCGCUUGAAAGCAUAAAGGGUGAAGAUAAUGACUUUAUUACUUUUCAGAUAGCUGAAGACACAGGCAUACUGACGAAAGGCUCAGUCGAGAACUUAAGAAAGAAUCACGGCUCCUUAACUCUACUAAGUGUCAACAGUAGUGUUACUGUUAAGGAGCUGGCUGAGUUCUUUAACAGAGUAGAACAGAGAUUCCCAUCCUGCCACUUUGCUCUGUACUGCAUAAACAGCAGUGGCACAAUAGAGGAACUUAACAAGGAGGGAGAAGGUGAAGAUGGAGAAGCACAAAGAGUGUCACUGCUUUUAUCCAGUGGCGGCCUCUGUCAGUACAUGUACUCUGAUGAAAGCACCGCACUGAGAGCUGCAGAAGAAGAAGUAAGAAGUGCACUGCGCUUUACUCCAUGUGAACUGAGCCUAGCUGAAAUCAUCUGCUAUGUCCCAGGAUUCUUUUCAGAUCUGGUCAAAUCGAAAUUAAAUGUUUGGAUUAAAAAUGCAUUCUAUGCACAAACCAUGACAAAGGAUCAUGAAUAUGUCAUAGAGAAACAUGGGAUAGUGCCUGUAGACUACAGCUGCACAGGUGUUGUUGAAAACUGCAUGAAAUGGAGUGAUGGACUACAACAGUUUCUUGAAAUGAAGCACGAGUCAAAGCUGAGUGACAUGACAGCCAUAACAAACUACAUGUCCAAUGUUGGCUUGCUUCAGAAGUAUGGAAAUCAGAUCUAUGGGAUGUCUGGGACUCUUGGCAAACAAGUGGAAACUAAGACUCUGCAGAAAAUCUAUGAUGGUAUCAAAACCUGUCAGAUCCCUUCAUUCAAACGCAGGAAGCUGUUUGAGGUUGAAGGUGUGGUCGUGAGCAAUGAAGAAGAAUGGGUUGAAAAAAUCUGUGAUGCUGUCAUUGCACAAACAACGCGCACAUCAUACAGGGAUCCAAGAGCUGUGCUGGUCAUCUGUGAGACCAUCAGUCGCGCAAACAUUAUCCACCAAGCUCUAGGUGAUAAAGUCAAAGAGAAAAGUCUUUAUAUAAACAACAACAUGGACAACAGUUCAAUCUUUUCCAAGGAGCUUAAAGCAGGAGAAGUUAUAAUUGCAACAAACCUCGCAGGUCGUGGAACUGACCUUCAGAUUACCGAAGAAGUAAAGAGAGCUGGAGGUUUGUUUGUUGUGCAGACCUUCCUCCCUGAGAACGCUCGUGUGGAGGCGCAGGCUUUUGGUCGCAGUGCCAGACAAGGAGCUCCAGGAUCUGCUCAGCUCAUCAUCUCUUCUAGUCAUCUGUCAGAUCCAAUUCAAAUGCUGCUUUUAACAAGGAACCAUCUCUCUUUAAUGGAUGAUUUACUGAAUUUAACUAAACUUAACCAACAUCUUUUUGUGAAACAGAUUAAGAUGUAUCAAAAAAGCCCCAAUAAUAAAAGAUUUGAAGACAUGUCUUCAAUACUGGAACAAAUUUUGACUCUAAAGUCAGAGCCAGAAAUAAACUUGGCUAAAGAUGGCCGAGACAGCUCAGUGGCUCACAAACUAUCAAGCUACUUGGAGUCUGACAUCCCAAACAUAAAGAAGAAGGAGGAGCUCUUCAAUCAGUAUCUGGAUGAACUUGAUGAUUUGUACAAAAGCAACAACAACAAGCCAGCAGCUUCAGAUUUGUCUGCUCUGAAUGAGUUUUGGGGUAUGUGGCUACUCACAAGCUUCAAUGCCAAAGACUCUACUGAGGAAUUGAAAGGCAGAUUAAAACGAGACCUGGACGCAGCCAGACUAAAACUCAGGCAAAGAGAAUCACCCUCUUCUAACCUUUACCACUACAUUGGCUUUGGUAAUGACUUACGCGAAAAGGGGAACUUUGCAGAGAGCAUCGACAUGUACACCAAAGCCAUAGAGCAAGACCCCUGCUGGGGAGCUAUUGCAUAUUACAACCGAGCUUUUACAACUCUGAAGCAGCAAAACAGGGCUCAGAGUCGAGACUGCAUCAGUCAAGCUUUGGAUGAUUUGAAAAAUGCACUCAAAUCUGUGCAGCUUUACUGUGACCAAAUUCAGGUCACUUAUAGAUUCUCCAAACAGCACACUGAGAACCACAGCAGUGAUUCACCCAGCAGAAUUCACAAACACUUCACAGCCAGAUACAGUGUGUUAAGUUUUUUUAAAGAAAACAUUACAGAGGCCAUAAAGAAGGUGGAGAGGAGCAGAGACAUGGGUGGGAAUGUAAAAGUGGAAGAGAGUCUAAUCUACUUUAUGGUUCCACUGGGGUAUCUCCUGCCCUCAUUUAACCUUUCACUGGAAACACUCCGUGUAACCCACUCUAGAAACCCUCUAAAGCGCCAGCAACUCAUCAGCGACCCCUCCUUUGAUAUUCUAAAUGAAAUUAGGUGUCUUGAAUCUUUGGGUCUGAAUUGUAUCUAUACUUUAGACACAAUUUUCUCGCUGGGAGGCUUUUUCUCAAAAAUAGGAAGGACACUAAAAACAAAGAAAAGUUCUGAUUAGAAGACAGGUAUUC